GAGUAUUUAAUGUGGACGAGGCCAUUGUGCACAAGCCAGCGAGCAGCCCGCACAGCCCGCUGAGGAUCUUACCGCUAGAAAGUCCACCAGCAUCUGGUUAGCCAUGGCGCGUAACGUGUUCGGGGCGUUCAGCGUCUCCAUCCUGCCGGCGAUCGUUGCGGCCCAGGCGAGCGGGACACUUCCCACUGCCUACACACUUCCGGGAGUCUUCCCUACCUCGGUGUACGCUGCGUACUACAACGACCCGACUGCUACUACCGCCGAGCCCCAGCCGAUCAUCACUGACCCCGUCACGCAUGAGGUCUAUCCGUAUUGGUUGACGAACCCCGAGACAAUUCCGCAGCUCGACACAUACGAGGCGCACCCGCUGCCCCCGCCCGCCGCGGGCUCGCAGCUGCUCCAGUAUGCGAUCCAGCAGAUCACGACGAUCGCGAACAGCUCAGUCUUCGCGGGCGACUCAUGUGCCGCCUGCCUGGCCGGACUCGAGGUCGCCAAGUUCCUUGCACUCGCCGCGCCGGAGCAGGGCCCGAGCCUCGCCGUCGCGCUCUGCGAGGCGUUCGACUACUCGUCCGACUGCGCGACGGAGUACAGCGUGUACGACCUCGGCACGCCGAUCACCCAGGUGAUCGCGUAUGCCGAUGUGGGUGGUUAUGAUGGUCAGGUUAUCUGCCAGCGGUACUUCAGCAUGUGCACGGACCCAGGCACCAGCCCUCUCGACUUGACGAACUGGUUCGCGAAGCCGAAGCCGAACCCGCUCCCACCGCCCAAGCAGCCCACGGGCGAGCGGCUCAAGGUGCUGCAUAUGUCCGACCUGCACAUUGACCCCCGGUACACGAUCGGUGCCGAGGCCAACUGCACCAAUUACCUAUGCUGCCGUCCCGGUGUGUAUAACUCGGACAGCCCGAAUGUGACUGUCCAGCCUGCCCCUCGCUAUGGCGCAUACUACUGUGACGCUCCGUUCACCCUGAUCCUGGCCGCGCUUCAAGCUGUUCCAGUGCUCACAGGCACAGAGGAGUACGGCUUCAACUUCACUAUCUACACUGGAGACUUGGUAUCACACGACCCCGAUCAAGAACUGUCCAGAGCAUACACAGUGUACUCAGAGACCGUCCUAUACGAUCUCCUGAAACGGCAGAUCAACUCUGGCCCUGUUUAUGCCGUGAUGGGUAACCACGAUACGUACAAUGAGGCACAGAACUCCCCGUACGACAUCGACCCGUCCAUCACCGGACAAUUCAACUGGGACUACGACCAUCUUGCAUCGCUGUGGGAGAUCGAGGGCUGGUUGUCUGCCGAGACGGCGCAGCAGGCCCGUACGCACUAUUCUGCGUACUCUGUACAACGCACAGAUGGCCUCAGAAUCAUCACUGUGAAUACCGAUUUCUGGUACACGGCCAACUACUAUAACUACAUGAACUUGUCUUCCUCCGAUAACUCCGGCAUGCUGCGCUUCCUGACUGACGAGCUCCAAGACGCUGAGGACGCCGGUGACCGUGCUUGGAUACUCGGCCAUGUCCCUACUGGCUGGGACGGUACUAACGCCCUCAAGAAUCCCAGCAACCUCUUCUAUCAGAUUGUGGACCGUUACUCGCCUCAUGUCAUCGCAGCCAUCUUUUUCGGUCAUGACCAUGAAGACGAGCUGAGUAUCUUCUACGCGAACAACGCCACCAGCAUCAGUGCAGAGGACGCCCUCACAGCCUCAUGGAUCAUGCCUUCCGUUACGCCCCUAACGAACCUCAACUCCGGAUUCCGCAUGUACGAAGUCGAUUCCGGGACGUUCGAAGUCUUGGACGCCUACACCUGGUACGCUGACGUCAAUGCGUUCGGCGCCCUGGAUGGGCAGACGGAGUUCGGGCCCACGUAUGAGCUCGAGUACAGCACGCGCGAGGCGUACGGAGCGAGCAUCGAAUGGGGCUCCAAUGACCCUCUGAAUGCGACGUGGUGGCAUCUGGUGACUGAGGCGAUGGAAGCAAAUUCGACGCUCGUCGAGCUCUUCAAUACGUAUCAAGGGAAGAGCUCUGUCCGGUCACCUGCCUGUACCGGCGAGUGUAUCACCGCAAAAAUCUGCUAUAUGCGUAGCGGCAGUGCCCCCAUCGCAGCCGCUAACUGUCCCUCUGGCUAUGGCUCCGUACAGUAGAUCCGCACCCGCAAAAUUCGUAUUGGG